AUGCGGGCUACAGUGCUGGUGCUCUUCCUCGUUGCCAGCGCCUUAGCCGCCAAAACAGGUUUGUUCAAUCUUUUGGUGUGGAACAGUUUUCUAUCAAAAACGGUGUUUCCUGAACAAGACGGAAAGCAAAAACUCAGAAGAAUUUGAAAAAUUUAAUCAAUUACAGUCCCAGUAGUUGCUAUUUUUGUAUAACUAAAGUUUAUAACUCGAAGAAAGUCAAAAAAAGCGUCAGUUAUCUGAUUAUUUCGAUUAGAAAUUUUGUCUGAUAUAUCAGAAAGAUUUCGAAAAGUUUUCUGCAAAACCAAACUUCCCUGUAAAAAAAAACUUGUGAUAGAUAAAACGAAGUUCAAAAAUGUUCCUACCUUGACGAAAUUCUCAUUUUCAAAAAAAUUUCUUUGCGCUUUGUACAUCAAAAAUGGGUUCGAAGCUUUGAUAUUUGAAGCUUUCCAUAUAGAUUUUGUUUUGAAAAAAACAAGACAUUAAUUUUUUUAAAAAGGUUACUCAAAUUUGUGAAAAAUGUAUGAGUUUGACAAAAAAAAGUUUAGUAGCGAAAAAUCUUAAAAUAAGCUUAUUGUGUCGUUUGCUAUUGCUGAUAUUUCGACUCUCAGACAGACAGACUUUUUAAUGUUUUUUUUUUUUUCAAUAUUACUGCUUUCAAACUUUUGCGAUCACGGAAGUGCACAAGAUCAACGGCGAGCACGUUGUGAAAUCGGCAUAAUAUCGGGAAAAGAUCUUGAAAGAGAAUACGUAUGUCAGUUGGCAACGUUGCCAUCACGCAAUUUUGAGUCACUUGUGAAAGAAAACGAAAAGAAGGUGACGCUUGGCGCUUCCAAGAAUGACAGCAGCCGUCGUCGGCUGUGACAUAUCAGCCAGCUUGCACUGCAAUUUCGAACUUGCAGGUCGCGGAUUCUCGAAAGACGUUGGGAAAAACGCAAAGCACGAUAAUGUCUGUGCUAGGAUUCACAAUAACACCGCUCUGGGUUUGUUAUGGAACUUCGAAAUUUGGAAAAAAUGUUUUCCUCUUCAGUUGGAACUUCUCCAAUCGACAUGAUGCAGGCAACGGCUUACGAAUGUCAAAAGAGAUGUGUCGAUGUGUUCCCAAACUGCACAGCUGGUAAGACUUUCUAAAUAUUUGCAUAAUUCAGGCGUUUAUAAAGUUAAUAGCCGCUUUGAUUCUAAAAAAAGUUGGACCUUUAAAAGUAGUUUCCGGUUUGAAACUACUCCCGAACCAUACAUUUUUUUUCAAAGAGAAUGGAUGGUAAUAGGGAGACUCGCGAGGCGAAAGUUAGGCAACGCAACAAAUGGCACGUUUUUGAUUUUGAUAGAUCCCCGGGCCUUUUUACACUCGAUGACUUUUGCAAAUCACGCCGUUUAAAUUCUAAAUCCAAACAAUUGAGAAGCGAUCAAUUACAAGAUUCUACUUACAGUGGUCUACUACUACCUACACAACGACACCAAACACCAUCACUGUUAUCUUUUCGAACAUAACUCCGUGUAUGAAAAUGUGAGCAACUUUCGGUCGAAAUUGCAAUUGAAACUUUUAGAGGCUUUAUUCUUAUUUCAAUCAUUUUCGUAGCAUUGAUUGAUUUCUUAGUCUAGCCAAAAACCUUAGGUUUUCUUUACUUUCUUUGAAAAUUUCAAAAAAUUUCUGUUGGCAUAUUCAGGUGGAACUUGUCGAGCAGAAGCCUGAGCACAAAAAAGACUUGGUGAAAAUGCUCGAGCUCACUCGCAGAUGUCACGAGUUCGAUGCCCAUCCUCCUCUCGUUGAAGAUGGUCUAGCCUCCUCGACAGACAAAGUCGAUCGCAAAAAAAGACGUAUGAUAACGAAAAGUUUUAAUUUUUGAGAUCGUGCUUCAGAGCACAAAGAUGAUUCUGAGCUUGGAACGGGGGAGUGGACUGAUUGGUCAGCAUGCAGUGAAAACGGUAUUAAAACCGGUGAAUAAUAUGUGCCAGUGAAAAAGAUUCCAGGACACGAGACCCGAUCUCAGGAGUGCGCUUAUGGAAGAAAAAUUCAAAGAAGAGGCUGUCCUGCUCGUCAAGCUCCUCAACGUCUCCCAGCUCCUUCGGCUGAUCAGUACCGCCAGCAGCAGCUUCUUCAACAGCAGCAACAAGAACAGCAGCGACAGCUCCAACUACAACAGCAGCAACGUCAACAACAAGAUCCACGACAGGAUCCUCGCCUUCAACAGCAGCAACAGCCACUCCCAGCGAGUUAUUCUGGCGAAUACACUUCCCAAAUAAACCUGCAAGGCCGUGUUCCUCCUCAGGCACAACAACCUCAACCUCAGCAGCCUCAGCAGCCUCAGCAGUCUCAGCAGCCGCAGCAGCCUCAAAGAUCUCCUUACGAUCAGUACGCUGCUCUCUACCAACAGAGGAUGUCACAGAAUCGUGAAAACGCCAACCAGCGCCAUCCUGCAGUUCAACAAGCCGUCCCUUGCAGCGGAGGUGUCUGCGAACCAGUCCGACCUCAGCCUCAACCUCAGCCUCAACCUCGUCCUCCUCAACCACCUGUUCUAGCUCCUGUUAUCAAUACUGCUCCGUGGCCACCAGCGACUCAGCCUCCACAACAAGUUCCGUUGCCAACUCGCUACAGACCUGCUCCACCUCCUCCUCCAGCUUGUGAUGGACAAGGAUGUGUCUCUCCACCGCUUGUUCCAGGUGAGAAUAGUGGGAAUUUGAUGCAAAUUAACUUUAAACUCACAGGUAACUGGCACGAUUGGUCCGAAUGGUCUACUUGCUCUUGUACCUGUGACGACGGAGCGAAAUCUCGCCGACGCGAAUGUGCUACCAAUAACUGUCAAGUGAGCCAAAAAGAUUGAAUACAACCUUGGUAAAUGAUUUUUAGGGACCAGAAUACGAAACCGAGCCCUGCAACAUGGGCCCUUGCCAAACCUGGUCUGACUGGUGUGAAUGGUCCACUUGCUCAGCGAGCUGUGGUAGCGGUCAACGCGAAAGAACCCGGUUCUGUCAUCUUGGAACUAACCGAUGCGAAGGCAAAGACUACGAAGUAUAGAAAAUUCCAGAACCCCUUAUUAUUGAUAAGAUAUUUUAGUCUGAGCAAUGCCUUGCUGGUCCGUGUCCAGAAUGGUCAGAGUGGGAAGAUUGGGGACAAUGCUCAGUAAGUUGCGGAACCGGAGCGGCUAUUAGACAGAGAACAUGCUUGGGUGGUCUACACGGAGAUUACCUUUGUCCUGGUCAGUUUUUUUAAUGAUUAAGGUCAGAAGUGGUUACACGCGCCUCUGAACGAAGCUUUUUAAUCAAGAUUGAGUCAAAUAUUUCUCUCUGACAGUUCUGCUGGAUUCGUGGAUUGAAAAAAAUCGAAUUAUUUCUCGGGCUGUUUUAAAUAAGUUCAAAUUAUCGAAGCAAGUGCGUUGCAGGACCGAAAACUGAGCAGAAGCUGUGCGAGGCCGGCCCAUGUCAAGAAUGGUCCCCAUGGCAGGAAUGGAGCGCCUGCUCGGCCAGCUGCGGCGACGGAAUGAAGAGGCGUCAACGUAUUUGCCAAUAUGGAACCGACUGCCAGGGACCAGCGGAGGUUGGAUUCUUCGGAAGCCCCGGAAAAUGAGGAAAUUCCCAGGAAAGUCUUUUCUGCUAUGGACCCCCUUGCGCACAGUGGACAGAAUGGUGCGAAUGGUCGGGCUGCUCAGCAAAGUGCGGUCCUGGACAACGAACCCGAACACGAGGCUGUCUUGGACCUGAUGGGUUGGAAAGCACUGCCUGCCAAGGAUCCAGCAUUGUGAGAUCAAUAACAAAACGGAAGCUGAGAUAAAUUUUUGAACAGGAGACAAUCAUUUGCGAAGGAACGUCCUGCUGCAAUUGGUCAGAAUGGUGCCACUGGUCUAUGUGUGACAAGGAAUGCGGCGGAGGAAAGGUAAUUCAGCCGUUGAAGAAGAAAAAACGAUAACCAAUUUUCAGUCACUUCGCACCAGAACCUGCAUGAGUAACGGCGCCGCCGAUUCAAACUGCCUCUGCGAAGGUCCUGAUCGCGAAGAGAAGGAAUGCAAUACUCAAACAUGCACACCGCAGUGCGCCUGGACUCAAUGGUAUACUAAAACUCGGAUGAAACAGAAAAAUAAAAGUAUUGAAGGUGUGAAUGGAGUUCCUGCAGUACUCAGCUGUCAUGCGAAGUCGGAAUUCAGAGUCGGUAAGUAGUAGGUUUCAGAUGGGAAAGAUAAACUUACCAAUCUUUGUAUUGGUUAACUAAGAUUCUAGAAGCUGUAAGUUGUAUGACUCUUCAUUUUUUUUUUGGAAAAAGUUGAAUUAGACUUUUUGAUCCUUUUCAAGACUUCCGGGAAAUAUUUAAAUGAUCUUUUUGAGCUGUUUAAAGAAUAAUAUUCUUAGUGAAUUGUUUCCGGAAAUCUCAUUGUUUGAUUUUCAUUUUCAGAAACCGCCAAUGUGUCGGCGAACCUGGCUGCCACUGUCUUGGACUUGCGGACGAGAGCCAACAAUGCCGAGGACCAAACCCAUGCCCACAGAAGCCUCCUUGCUAA